CGAGGGUCACAAAUCGCCCCCGUCAUCGCGCUAGGGUUUCUUUUGCCUCUCCUUUUUGUCUCCGUCGUUCUACCGAAUCAACGUCGACGCUUCCGAAAUCUUCCCUGAAGAUCGAUUUUCGUCGCUCUUGUGUCGCAAGAUCUCGUGGAUUCCAUAGAAAUUGUCUAGGGUUCCUGCGGAGCCGGCGAUGUCAGCGAACAAUUCGGCCGGCGGAUCCGGAUCCUCGGACCAUCGCAGGCCGCCACCAUCCAAGGAGUCAGAGAGCGAUGAGGGCCCAUCGAACACCCUCUGGGUCGGGAACCUUCCCGCCGACACUACCGAUUCCGACGUGAUGGCCGUCCUCGCGAAGCAUGGCGCCUUGGAUUGUACCACGAUGCGCGGGUCGAGGAGCUGGUACACGUUCGUAUACUUCCGGGACGUCGAUGAAGCCAAGGCUGCAAAGGAAGCCCUUCGGGGUACCACAAUCCAUGGGACUGCAUCUAGGACCGAGUUUGCCCGACCGCCAAAAGCGGCUAAGCAGAUAUGGGUUGGUGGGUUUAAUACAUCCAUAACAAAGGAACAACUUGAAGAUGAGUUUUCGAAGUUUGGUAAGAUUGAAGAUUAUAAAUUCUUUAGGGAUCGGAAUUCAGCUAUUAUCGAAUAUCACAAAUUGGAAGAUGCCAUUGCUGCUCACAAAAAUAUGAAGGGGAAGCGGUUAGCUGGUGAACUAUUAUGUGUAGAUUUUCUGCGAUCUCUACCUCCUAGAAGGGAUUUGCCUGACCGCCAUGAUUCGAGAAACGGAUACUUCGGCAACCGGACUUUGGGAGCACUAGAACGAUCUGUUCCACCAGAUGACUUGAGAAAUUUUCAUAAUUCUUCUUUGCUUGGGUCUAAGAGGGAUAUGUCUCAUGGAGCUCACAGAGAUGGUCAGCCAAGCAAUGUUCUGUGGGUAGGAUAUCCACCUUCAGUUCAAAUUGAUGAGCAGAUGCUUCAUAAUGCUAUGAUUCUUUUUGGUGAAAUUGAAAGGAUAAAGUGCUUUCCAUCGAGGCACUAUUCUUUUGUAGAGUUUAGAAGCGUUGAUGAAGCUAGGCGUGCCAAAGAAGGCCUACAAGGCCGUCUUUUUAAUGAUCCUCGGAUACAGAUACUCUUCUCAAGUAGUGAACUUGCACGUGGUAAGGAUAAUCUGCCACCUUUCUCUGCGUUAAGAACACGUAGACCCGAGAUGUUUUUGGAUGAAGGCCCUUUUGGGCCUUUGGAAAUGUUAGGUCCUGGCCGUUCAAUUGCCCUGGAUAAUUUUCCUGGCUCACUAAACCCUAAUGGAAUGCCUGGAACAAAUAUCUUCAAAAGGUCAUUUGGACCUCAAGGAUUUGAUGCUCGUCAUGUGGGACCUGAGUUCCAUGAAUCUGGUGGUCUUGCACCAAACUUGUUUGAUGUCGAUGCUAGCAAAUCUAUACCUCAUAGUUGGAGACACCGAUCUCCUUCAGCUCCAGGCAUUCUACCUUCUCCUCCAGGUGUUCUCCAAGCUGUCCGACCCAUGCCUGAAGGAUGGGAUGGUCUUGACAUAAGAGAUACAAAGAGGUUGAGGGUGGAUACUUCUCCCACCAAUAAUGGUUUACUUCAUGCAAGGAGGGUUGACAGCAGCAAGAUUGGGGAGCACCCCUUUCUGUUUUCUCAUCCUGAUGGAGGUGCUUCUAGUCGAGGUCAACUUGGUCCUGCCCCUCAUAGCCAUCGUGAUGUACACUCUUCUGAUAAAGACUACUGUUGGCGCGGUGUUAUUGCUAAAGGUGGAACUCAUGUUUGUUAUGCUCGCUGUAUACCAAUAGGAAAGGGCAUUGACUCUCCUUUACCUGAUGUUGUUAACUGCUCAGCCAGAACUGGAUUAGAUAUGCUUUCAAAACAUUAUGAUGAAGCCAUUAGUUUCGACAUUGUCUUCUUUCUACCAGAUAGUGAAGAAGAUUUUGCCUCGUACACAGAUUUUCUCCGGUACCUGGGUUUAAAAAAUCGUGCUGGGGUUGUGAAGCUUGAGGAUGGUACUACACUAUUUUUGGUGCCUCCAUCUGAAUUCCUGACCAAGGUACUGGGUGUCAGUGGUCCUGAACGUCUCUAUGGUGUUGUUCUGAACAUGCCACAGCAACCGAUCAGUGUGGCUGUGCAACAAUCACAACUGACGGUUCCUCCCCUAACAUCUCAUCACACUGAUCGGCAAAAUGUACCUAGCUCACAGAAAAGUUACAAUUUUGUCUCCCGUAUUGAAGAUCAUGCUUCGAGUGUUGAUUAUAAUCAGUCCUUGAAUGAGGAAAUGGCAUGCCAUGCAGUGACUGAAAAAUUCCUGAUACCACAUGGGAACGAACAACGCCUUGCACGAACAACUGCCUUGGAACAGGAAAGCAAUGCUGCUCUUGCUGCCUCCCAGUUGAAGUUCUCCUUGACUCCUGAUCUGAUAGCUACUUUAGCUUCUUUGAUACCCAACAACAACCAAUCAUCAGCUUCUGCUGCUGUUCAAUUGCCACCUAGCUCUACGGUGAGACCAACUUCAUCCUAUGCUGGGAUGCCUGAUGGAUCAAUGCAAUCUCAAAGUUGGAGGCAAGAGAAUCAAACAAGUCUUUCUGUUACUUCUAUGGAGCAACAGAGUCUGCAACCACAUUUAGGGCAAUACUUCAGUAACCAGGCACAGCCGGUCUCUCAGUUCCAACCAUAUACUAACACAUCCAGUGGGACUGAUCCCUCUCUGCAGCCGUUAAUUGGUUGUGUGCAGAUUCAAAAUUCUGCUCUUAACAUGCCUCAAGCUCUGGCUGCUUCAACUAGUAUGUUGAAUGGUUAUGCGAUAUCACAACACGGACAAUUUUCCACCACCCAGAGCAAUCAGUUUUAUCAGUUUGAUACUCCUGUUGCUUCUCGUGAUAACUAUGGAAGUUCACAAACAACACAUGCUGCUGAUGUGGUUGGUUCUAUUGUUCAGCAGCAACCUAGACUUGGUUCUUCAUCUGCUCAUGAUCGCAUUGGAAAUAUGCCUCAGCAUCAACUUUACAACCCUUUACCAAGUGAAAAGGGAAAUAUGGAGAUCCCUACCCAAGGGCAGCAGUUACAAAAUGUUUUUUCAAGUUAUGGCCAGGGAACAUCCCAAAGUGAUGAUGACAAGAAUCAGCGAUAUCAGUCAACCCUCCAGUUUGCUGCUAGCUUGCUUCUCCAAAUUCAACAACAGCAGCAAGCAAGUGCUCACACUGCUCAAGGAUCUGGAAACCAGCAGUGACAAGUAAUUUUUGGUGCAAGUGCCAGCAUUUUGAUGUUAAUAGCAGCGAGGCUUUCUUUUCAUGAUUUAGUCUUAUGCUAAGAGAUUGUUAAAUGGGGUAGAAUUACUCUGUUGUUUCUAUAAUUCUGCUUCAAGUUCCAAAGGCCAUAACUCAAAUUGUGUAUUCCAACUCCAAGAUCAGCCCUGCAGUCUCGAUAUUUGCCUCAGCCUUGUUUCCACAUUAUUAUUUAUCUAUAAAUGUUCUAUUACGUGCGUUGCAAUGGAGUAAUAGCCAGUGUGCAUCUCGGAACAUACGAUUCGGUUUUCGUUUCGGAUACAAGACAGUUCCCUCGCCAUCUAUUUUUUGAGGCUCCUGUAGCUAUGAUUGCCUAGCUAAUUUGGUAUUGAUCUUUGUAAUGUUGGCUUCAUUUCUCGGACAAACAAACUAAACCAAACCCUGGGAUCGGGGGAUUAAAAGGUGUUAGUUAAACGCAAUAAUGUUGUGUUUAUGGGCGGAUAAACUUGAGAAGGUUGUACUCAGCGGUCAGCAUGCCUGUGUACUCUUUAUCGUCUUUGAUCCUUGGUUCUGCUGAGUUCUGUGCCACUUGCGCAAUCAUUCAUGGUUGCAAAUAAUUAAACAUGAGCCUUAAAAAGGCUAAUCAAGAUGAUAAAGUGAUACUGUUGCUUGCAUAAAUAGUCGCCCUUAUAAAAGCUCUAUAAGAAUUAAUGUGGCACAGUUUCGUCCCUUGUCCUAC